GACUUCUUGAAGCGUUUUGUCUGUGUGUCUGCUGUAAACUCAGAGGUUCUGUUCGGACCACGYUGCUCUGCAGAACUCAGGUGUGAGAAGGAAAUAGAAAGUUUCAGGGACUUUUCCUUCCUUCCCAGCAUUCUCUCUCUUUUUUUAUUUCUUUUCAUUAUCCUUUUCACUUUUCAGACUUUCAGGGAUAAAAUGAUGGUCUGCAGUCAGCUCAGCAGAAUGUUAGAGACAAGCUGCUCAUCAUGGUCCGGUCCACCAGCUCCAUCUUCAUCCUCUGCAGUGUCCUCAGCUCAGCGCUGGGCUGUGAUUGGUUCACACGCUACAGCGACCUGAGGAACUCCUCCCGGGUUCUCAUCGAGGUCAUGGGAGGCGAGUUCACACAUGAGGAGUGUCACGAACCUUUUCCUUCCAAACGGUACUCGAGCAUGAGGGAAAGCGAGGUGCAGUCUCAGCUGAUCUUCAUCAGGGACAGCAUGAAGCAGAUUUUCGAUCUGUUUCGCUACAGCAACGUGUCCUCGGCCUCCUGGGACCCCGUGAAGUUCCAGGACUUCCUGGAGACCAUCAACAGGCAGAUCCAGGAGCUCAAUAACUGCAUCUCCAACCCUGAUCAGCAAGCAAGAAGAGGAGUGAAGAAAUACUUCAGAAAUCUGAAGGUAGUCACUCUGUCCCGCACAGGUGAAAGCAGAACAUCCUGGGAAAUACUCCGGAAGGAGACCAAGCUUCACCUGGAUCAACUGGAAAUCCUGGGGAACCAGGCCAAAGACAAAAUGCUAACAGGGGGUGCUAAGUGAUGAGGCAACAUGUCUGAUGAUACACUGGACCAUUU